AUGUUUGAUGAGGUGUCCCUAAGCAGACCAGCCGCCCCCACGUCGGCUUCUCAUCGGGAGAGCCCCGUAAGCCCCGGGACUGGUCCUACGAUCGCCGGAAGCCAUAUGCCACCGAGCCGCAAGCAGCGGGUCGCGCUGGCGUGUAAGCGGUGCAAGCGAAGGAAGCAGCGAUGUGACGGCGCCCAUCCAAGCUGCAACUCUUGCAGGAAGGCCAACUCUGAAUGCGUCUACGAGCGGGCCCUAAGACCCCAUUAUCCCGGUGGGAAGUCACUAUACAUCAGCGCCCUUGAAGAGAGAAUUGCGUUCCUGGAAGCGCGUAUGCCAGAUUAUGCCGAGGACCACUUCGCCUCAACCUCGGCCGCGACGCCGGCGCCUCCGCCGGCGCCAGCCCCGGCCCAGGAAGCAAAGUCUCCUCGGCGGGAAUCGCGGGACUCGUGCUCCGAAGACGAGCCCACAUCUUUGGUUGACGGUGUCGCGUACUUAUCCCUCUGCGCGUCCGGCACUACGGACACCGCCCCGGAGCCGUUCUACCUCGGAUCGAGCUCCGGCGCGACCAUUGCACGGAUGAUUCAGUCCGCCAUCUUUCACGGAGCCGCUGGCAGGGCGGCCCUGUCUGAGGCGAUGGCUGCGGCGCCGGCUGGUGUGCUGAGCCCGCCGCGGUCGAGAAACUCGGUGUCGGCGUCAUCGCAUCCCGACGAGCCCAUGUCGGAGUUUCCGUAUCCUUCCGAGUCCAAGAUGCUGUUCGACGUGUUUUUUGACCGCCUCCACACACGGUGGCCCAUCUUGGACCGGCAGCUGUACACGACGCUAUUCGAACAGCAGUACGACCAGGGCGCGCUGUCGAUACAGCACAGAAGCAUCAUGCACCUGGUAUACGCCAUCUCGGCGAGGUUCCUCCAGCUCAUGAAGAAGCCGUGUGACGUGGACCCGCAGCAACACCUCAUGGCCGCCAUCGAACCAAUGGACUACAUACUUGAGCAGCACAACCUCGCCACCGUCCAGUUCCUGCUCCUCCUGGCCGUUCACGGCACGCGGAGUCCGUACGGCGCCGGUGCGUGGUCUCAGAUACGAUACGCCGUGACGCUCUGCAUCGAGCUGGGCCUCCACAGGAAGCAAACGACCGCAUCGUCUCACAGCGCACGGGAUCUCGAGAUUAGGAGACGAGCCUUCUGGUCAUGUUAUUGUCUGGACCGCAUGACCAGCGUGGUUCUCGGACGGACCUUUGCAAUCGCCGACAGGGACAUCAAUGUCGAGCUUCCAAGCGACAGCACCGAGUUCUGGGACCUUACUGCUCUGGGAAGCCCCCCGGCUGGGCAGAAGCCCGUCUGGUCGAACGUGGAACCCUUCAUCCAUAUCAUCAAGCUGCGUAGGAUUCAGUCGAGAAUUCACCGGCGCGUGUACCGCGUCGACCGGGACGUAUUCACAAGCUCGCCGGAGGAGAGGUCCAAGCUCGACACGAAGAUGGCCGCCAUCCGGGCCGAGCUCGACGAGUGGGCGCGAUCCAUCCCACACCCGCCCAAGGACGCCGCGGGCAUUACGUGGAUGUACGACCCGGAGAGCGCUUACCACGACUCGAGGGACUUUUUCAACCUUCAGUACCACAAAUCGAUCCUGUCGCUGUUCACCGUCCUUCUCCCGACGGUCAGCACGUCGGACGCGAGGUUCGUCACGACGGCGCGCUCCGCCGCGUGCGUGUGCACGGCGUACAAGCGGCUGAACCAGCAGAAGACACUGAGCUACACCAUGACGGCGCUCCACUCGUGCUUCAUAGCGGGCCUGACGCUGGUGUACUGCCUAUGGAGGGACCGGGCCCUCUUCUCGUACGACGCGCUGGAGGCGACCCACGCCUGCUCCCAGUCCCUCACCAUCUUCGGCGAGAAGUGGCCCGGCGCCGUCAAGUACCGCGACAUCUUCGACGCCCUCUCUGGGAGCCUGUUCAAGACCAUCGUCGACCCACGGGCCGAAUCCGCCGCGCCGGGCCCGAAGCCGCUCAAGGUCGACUUUGCCGCAGAGCCCGUCGGCUCUCCCACAGCCCCCUCUGCUGCGGCGGCGACCGCGUCGUCGGAUGGCGGCGGCGGGAGGCGCGGGAGCGGGGCCGAGGAGAGGUGUGCCGUGGGGGACGCCAUCUCGGACGCGGUCAAAGAGGCGUUCAUGGAGGUGGACGAGGAGGCGCCGGGCGGGUGGCAGGGGUGGAGGAUGUUCAACGAGAUGGUGCAGAGCGACCUCGCGCCGUCGGGGCCGCCGCCGCCGCCGCCGCCGCCACAGGCCGGGAGCUGGGACGUGCUCGCGCAGGACGCCGUGUCCAUUCACGACUUGGGCCAGGGAGGUGUCUCCGACGUGAUGGAUUCGGAAUGGGACUUUGGCGGGCUGGAGGGGCUACGGUGA